CAGCAGAACGAUUUUCUGUGAAGACGAGGUCGGGAUUCAACCCUCUCUGAGAACUAGGCAGUGAGAUCAAGGGAGUCAACUGUGGUUGGAACAGGCAGUUUUAAAAAAGCAACAAGGGGGAAAAUAAAGGCAUGACUCUGAACAAUGUCACGAUGCGUCGCAACAGUGGUGUCUCGCAACCAGUGCAGCAGCGCUGGAGCAUCCCGGCAGAUGGGAGGCAUCUGGUGGUCCAGAAAGACCCCCACGAGUGCUACCGCCAUAAAAGAUACACCAUCAACCCUGAAGAGUAUUACCGAAGGAGCUGGUCGUCCGAGUCUUCCGAUUCCGUCAUCUCCUCCGAGUCUGGAAAUGGCUACUACCGAGUGGUCCUUAUCGGGGAACAAGGAGUUGGCAAGACGACCAUCGCCAACGUCUUCGCAGGGGUGCACGACAGCAUGGACAGUGAUUGCGAAGUGCUGGGAGAAGACACCUAUGAACGAACCUUGCUGGUAGAUGGUGAAAGUGCAACGAUCAUGCUUCUUGACAUGUGGGAAAACAAGGGCAAAAAUGGAUGGCUCCAAGAUCACUGCAUGCAAGUCGGAGAUGCGUAUUUGAUUGUCUAUUCCAUCACGGACCGCGCAAGCUUUGAGAGAGCUUCUGAGCUCAGAAUACAGCUCCGUAGAGCCCGCCAGGCAGAAGACAUCCCUAUUAUUUUAGUGGGCAACAAAAGCGACCUAGUUAGGUGCCGUGAAGUCUCUGUUUCAGAGGGCAGAGCUUGUGCAGUCGUCUUUGAUUGUAAGUUCAUUGAGACCUCGGCGGCUGUCCAGCAUAACGUGAAGGAGUUGUUUGAAGGCAUCGUGCGCCAAGUGCGGCUAAGAAGAGACAGCAAAGAGAAGAAUGAAAAGAGGCUGGCUUAUCAGAAGAGGCGAGAGAGCAUCCCUAAGAAAGCCAGGCGAUUCUGGGGCAAAAUCGUAGCCAAGAAGAACAAGAACAUGGCCUUCAAGCUCAAGUCCAAGUCUUGUCAUGACCUCUCAGUUCUCUAGGCACUUUGGGCCAACCCAGACAUUGUCUCUCCUGAACAUUAUUCAACUCCAUUUUGAACAAUAAGUCAAUCUAUAUUAGAUUGGUCCACAAGAAAUGUAAAUCUAAUGAAUUCACAGUUGGGAUUAUUGUGAUGAAAUGUGCCAGCAAUAAGGUCAGCCUAAUGCAUGCAUGGAAGAAGAAACACCAUUUAUACAUUUGUUUUAUAGUUUAAGUGUGUGAGUGUGUUGGGUGGAGGAAAGAACUUUUGUCUUAUACACAAGAACAUUCCAAACUUGCCUGAGAUGUGGCCAAGAAAACACGAACGGUUUCCCUUGUUGCCUUUUUGGAUAAUGGCCUAAGAAUCAGAAAGCAUCAUUUGGAAAAUGGAUGACUUCUUUUCAUGAUUAUUUCUUGCUAGUUCUGUAAGCCAAUGGAAAGGGAAAGGGGCACUGGCAGAGAUGCCUUCUCCCUGAUCAGCCAGUUGAUUUUCUUAAGUGCCCACGGUUGAAGACCUUUGUUGUUACAAUAUCAUUUAUCCCAGUGGCUAGAAAGAUAUCAGUUGCAUUCAGAUGACGUUUGGUUAAAUGGGAGCGUUAUUGAAUGAGGGUUACACUGCCAUGGAACAAUAUGGAGGAUAAGUGCGAAGUUCAGUAAUGAGAAGAUCUGAAUACACAAGAUUAGAAUAUUGGGAGCUUUAACCACUUAACUGUAGAAUAAGCAUUGAAGCAUUUCCUUGUUUAUAUCCAGAGCCAUUCAAAUCUCUUAAAGGUACAGGGUUGGACCUAGACUUGCACACAGCAGAAUUCAGCUGGUACUAAAGAAAGGGGUAAAGUAGCAAUUUUCACUUAUUCCUCCUUUCCUCUACAGCGCUCUGUGCCUCCUGAAAAUUGUUGCCUUGUCCCCUUCCUCUAGUGCAGGUCUGGGCAACAAGCAGCCCCCCACUGCA